AUGUACAAGAAACAGGCUUCACCAGAAGUCACAGAACCAUCUCCUUCACUACCAUUGAAUAAGGUAGGGCCGACGAUCGGUACUGCAAUUGCCUCUCAAAUUGUAUCGACAAUAACAGAAACAACUCGAUUGGUCAUAAAUACGACAAUUCCAUCUGUUGUUAUUCCAUCCUCAAAUCUCUCCAAUACGCAUUUUUGUAGUGAAAAUCGUCAAGAAUCUGAUCCUGUUCAACGCGCUGUUCUUACUUAUUAUCCUUAUCAUCAAGAAGAAUAUUUUUUUCCCGAAAUACGAUGGUUAUAUCGUUCGUGGCUCGAAAUGAUGUUAGAUGAGCCAGAUAAAUGGCGGACUGAUUUAGUUAUAUUCACAUAUAAAUUUUCGGCAGCAUUCAAAAGUUUAAAUUGUAUUAAUGAAAUUCGAAAAGAUGUUAAUGAACCACCUCGAUGUCGAAUUAUACUCUAUAUUCCAAUUACUCUUCGAAACGAUAAUAACACGAAAAAUAAUUUCGAAAAUGCUUUUGCAGAUGAACGAACGUCGCAGAACAACACCAGUAUUUUAACUAUACCACAUGUGUUCAAUAAAGAAACAUUCAAUAAUGAUCGAUCAAUAUCUUUGUAUAGAAAUUUAAGAACAUAUGGAUAUAUUGAUUCGAUAAAUGCAAUCUAUGAAGGUUAUUCAACAUUUCAAAUGUAUGAUUAUGUAUUAAGAACAGAUAUAGAUAUAUUUAUUACAAGAAAUUUUUCCAAAUACGUACCCGAUCCUUGUAUUCUGUUAACAGGCGGUGGAGGUUACGGAACAGAUUAUAACAGACGAAAAUUACGUCGAAUUGCGAAAGAUAUGGAAUUAAUGCAUCUGAAUAUUAGUGGGAUGGGUUCGACAUGGUAUGGUCCACCUUAUUCAGCCUAUCUUAUUGCUAAUUUAACAUUGGAUAGUAUGUUGUAUUUAGCAAUUAAUGAGUUUUCUGGGCCUGAACGUGAUGGCAAAGUGGGAACGAUCCUUUGGCCCGAGUGGCAUUACGGUGUCCUUUUACUCUAUGGUCAGCAUUUGGCAAUUAACCAUCUUGUAGCUCAGCGAAAUUUAUCGGUGAGAAUAGCCCAUGAGAUGCUUGAUCAAUCAACAACAAACAAUGACACAAACUAUAUGAAACAAAAUCUACGUCUUGUCUUACAUUGUUGGCAUACUGAUGUACCCUUUAGUAAAUUUGCAUUUAAAAUGGGUCACUACAAUAAGACAGAUCCCAAACAAUUUAUUGAUAAGCCAACAGCUCAAGCCUAUGCAAUGCGUAUAGCAAUAGAAUCAAGACUAAUGUCAUUAGAACAACUUGGUGCUAAAUUGAAAGAAUUUGAAUAA